AUGCCACACAAUCGUUUGUUAAACUUCGUUUCUUCUGACUUAACAGAGGAAAAGGAGAACGAGGAAGAAGAAGCCAUGGAUUCUAUCGUCUCGAGUUCAACGAUUUUUAUCCGAUCAUCUCUCACUCCGGUUCGUUCAGUUUCGUCGUCUUCCGUCGUGUCCGUCAAGCCACUGAGCUCAGCUCAGGUCGUCUCAUUCGAGACUAAUCGCCACAUACUUUCGUUCAGGUCCAGUGGUAGACGAACCAGGAAACUCGUAGCCAAUGCUUCUGGUUCGGCGAUAAGAUGCGGCGGAAUCAAAGAGAUCGGAGAGAGUGAGUUUUCGAGUACGGUUCUGGAAUCGGAUCGACCGGUUUUAGUGGAGUUCGUCGCUACUUGGUGCGGUCCCUGCAAAUUGAUCUAUCCAGCUAUGGAAUCCCUAGCUCAGGAAUAUGGUGACAAAUUGACGAUUGUAAAGAUUGAUCACGAUGCGAAUCCCAAGUUAAUAGCAGAUUACAAGGUUUAUGGUUUACCACAUUUUAUCCUCUUCAAGGACGGGAAGGAAGUUCCAGGUAGCAGAAGAGAAGGUGCUAUAACAAAGGCCAAGCUUAAGGAGUACAUUGAUGGUCUUUUGAUCUCAAUAUCUGUUGCUUAA